UAAUACAACAGAAGAAGAAUUAGAAUAGGCAUAGGAAUAAGUAUAGGAAUAAGAAAACGAAACAGAGAAAGAGGAGAAGGAUUACAUCGCUGAUUGAGACAUACUUUCUCUGUUUGCGGAAGAUCCUUAGUGAAGAUGGCUGCGACCGAUAUUCAACCGGAACCUGUUCAGAUAGAUUUUACUAAAGAAUUGCUGAGUUCAUCAGAACUAUUUCAAAGACGGAGUCGAAGUCAUAAGAUUCCUGUGAGGGGACAAAAAGAAUUUUUGCCAAAUUACUCUGUGCAGCAAAAGGCAUGUCUGCAGAAGACCCUUGACGAGCACUGGAUGCUUAUGACAGAGGAACGAUUGGAACGAGCUGGGAACCUUGUGAAUGCGGAAUGGAUCCCUGAGGAAAAGAUAGUGAAACUGCAGUCUCCAGCAGGAAAAUUUUGGCAGACAAUGGGAUUUUCUGAUCAAGGAAAGCAGUGCUUGUUUCCAGAGGAGGCUCUUUAUCUCAUGGAAUGUGGCAGUCUGCAAGUGUUCUACCAGGAUCUUCCUCUCUCCAUCCAGGAGGGUUAUGAAACUUUCCUUUCUGCUGAAACUGUGACUUUCCUUCAGUACCAGGUGUUUGGUCAUUUAAAGAGACUGGGAUAUGUGGUAAAUCGAUUUGAUGCUAGACCAAGCAAGCAGCUGAAGAGGAAAUGGAGCCGGAGUCCCAGUUUUAGAUUGUGUGCUAAGAAAAGUACUGCAUCUCCAGAGGUAUCUGCAGGACAGCAUAAAGGUGAAAUUAAGACCAGUGUCCCAUACAGCAACUUGGAAACUCCAGGCCAACUACAAAGACAACAGACCUUUCAGGAUGAUGCAUUAAAAUCUGAUCCAGAAUCAGACAGAGCUCCAGAGAGGAACUGGUGGACAAAUGUAUCAAGACAACUCCAGCCUGAUUCACUCCAGACUUCGGAGCAUUGCUGGGAUUUCAGCUGCAUCUUUUUUCCAGACCUGGGGUCAUAUAGUGGCAACCGUGCCUGCCUUCCCCCUCCUGAUCCCAGCUUGCUCCCUGGUGCUCUGCAGGUAUCUGAGUGCCACCUGGCUCACUGGCACAGAAAUAUCCAUUUGAAGGAGGAAUGUUGGUCCAAGCAAAAGUGGCAGAGGGACCAAGAACGAAACAGAUGCAGCAUUAAUGAUGACCAAGAGGUGUGUCGGUGCAGGAACUGGGUUGAAUAUUUAGAACUAUUGGAGAAAAGGAGGAGCCAGCAGCACAACGAAAGGCCCACACACCUUGGGGAACAGGAGGUUAUGCCUCUUGCUCAGCCCGGAAAGUGUAGUUCACAUCGUGAGCUCCUGGAGCAAGUCAGCAUUAUUCAGUCUUAUGAUUUGCUGGUAGGAAACUCCAGGUUACCUGGCUCAGACCAUUGGAGGAUCACUUUCAAUGUAUACCAGCCUGACACAGAGUUUAAGAAGAGUUAUCCAGGAAAGCCCUAUACCCACUUGUGUGUUUGCAGUUUCGAUGGUCCGGUGCCAGACUUGCAUGCUUUGAAGGAGCUGUCCUUCCAAAGUGGAGAUGUUUCCGUGACAUUCGCAGUGGUGGACCAUGGGGACAUUUCCUUCUACUGCUUCAAGGAGUUUAAGCUGCCCACUGAUGUCUACUGACAGGACUUAAGAUACUGUUUCCAUGUCAAUGGAUAACAUCACAAAACCAACUGUAACCAUCAAAAUCGUCGUAUCUAUUAGGGUAUUAGGGCAUUUUCAUAUAAUUAAAUUUUAUGGUGAAUCUAAAUGCUUACUCAUGGGGUGGUAACAUAAAACACAUUGCAGAUGUGUAUCGGCAUGUCAAAUAAUACAUUUUGCACAGUAACUGAUCUUAUUACAUUGUUCAAAAAAGUAAUUGUUACCUUUACUCCAUAUUUAGAAAAGAAAGGUAGAUCUGUUGUGUUUUAUUUAUUUAUUUGUUUAGAAGUUUUUUUAAAUUUUAAUCAUUUUCAGUGCAAAAGUCACACACUGCAGUACUGGCACUUCUACAUUUUACUCUUUGGUGUACCUUGAAUUUUAAUUGCUUACCAGCACUUCUCUCAAGCUGCCGGUACUCUUUUCUGCCUUCUCCAUAUCAGGUUCUGAGUGAUUCAUAAUUACCCUACAUAAACUACAUUACCCAGAGGGCACUAUGUGAUGCUCACCUGUUCCUGUUCUCUCAAAACGUCUCAAGAUAUAUAACGUUCAUGCUAGUCUAUCAUUAUGUACCGCAACAUUAAUGCUAGUCUAAGUAAUUUAACGUUAAUACCAUAAUAUAGAGGGUUGCACCCACUGCGUGGCAGAAAGAUUGAUUAGCAGCAUUAGUGUUCAGCUUGAAUGCUACAGAAAAACAAAAAACGCAUCUAAAAUGGGAAACAGCUGUUGAGCGACUGACUGUACCAAUAGAUUAAACAAGAAAUCUGAGCUAUCCGUUUCCCAGACUGCCGAAAGCUACAGAAAAGAGAAGCAAAUGGCUCGCUGCAAGGGAGAUGAUUAGACAGUGUAAGCUAGCCGAGACAGACCCAGUUUUCUUUGCAAGCGGGUAUUCCACAAAGCAAGCUUAGAUAGAUAGAUAGAUAGGUAGAUAGAUAGAUAGAUAGAUAGGCUGCUGUUUAAAAUUCCGACUGAUACAGGCAAAAAGGAGUUCUUAAACAGGUUUAAUUUAUGCUGGUGAACUCUAUAUCCUCUGCCUGACGGUAACAGCUGGCCAGCAAACACAGAACAUUACCCUAACAUUAGCAUAUGGUUCCCGGUUGGUUAUUUUUUGGGAACCAUAUUAUAAUGUUCGAGGAAUGUUCUCUGUAGGAUCUUUUUUUUUUUUGUAACAAAAAACUAACCUUCCCAAAACGUUACAUGAAGGUUUUUUAGUAACAACCUGCAGAGAACCUAUGCAGAACGUCCUCUAAUCGUUAUUUUUAGGUCAAUUGAGAGAAUUGACAUUUCCUUCAGGCACUGGCAAUUCUGAGGGUGGGGCUAUAUAGGUACGGCCUGGCCCCAGCUGAAAUCUGAUUGGCUCCUGAAGUGCCCCUGUCCUGUCAAUCAUCUCUGAUCUACAUCAGAGCACUCAAUCAGCCGAGUAGUGUUCGGAUCAUUUUACUGACUGUUCAGUAAAAUGAACUAAUCCUUUUUCGAGUCAUUUCGUUCAUUUCAGCAGAAUAUAUUUAAAAUGUUACAUGUAAAUUCCCCAACACAUCUAGUACUUACGCAAACAUUGAGCACAUUUGGAAUAAAAAAUAAAUUCUAGGCUAAUGCAGCCAAGGCCAAAUUAUGAGAAACAGAAAUGAUUCAUUAAUAGUUUAGCAUUAGGUGUUCAGGCUAUGCAAUCUUUUGGUUCACCUCCUGAUCCGAGUCGUUCUUUUGUCACAUCACAUUUGUCGCAUCUGUUCCCGGAAACGGAAAUGAUUAGUCCGUGUCUCAAGUCUUCGGGUCCAAGUCAUUCAUUCAUCCCAUGACCACCCCAUAGGCCAUGCACCAUGCAGUACCAGAAACAGAAAUGAUUAGUUCACCUCUCGAGUCUUCGGGUUCAAGUCGUUCGUUCAUCACGUGACAGCCCCACUGCAUUCAGCCUAUGGUGCUGUUGUCGUGAUGAACGAACGUCUCGACCCGAAAUUCAGCUCACUUAACCGUUUCUUUCUACCACAUCUCGUAAUGGACAUCUCAUCUAUAGACAGUGCGUUUUUAUCAUCCUCGUUCACUUAAGCUUCGAUGGUAAGUACAUAUUCAACACUUUAACUAACGUUUCAAAGGACAUUAGUGUUGCUGUCAUUAUACUUCUCUUUUGUCUAACAUUAAGAAACUAGUUAACUACAGUACAACACAGUAUGAGAGCACACUCCCAGGCAAGACUUCUGCAUGAAGGAAAAAGUUGGAUAUGUCACUUGUAUUUUUGUUAUGCUGUUGUGUUUUUGUGUACUUUUUUGUAACAAACAACAUUAUAACAACUUGUAAUAUUGAACAAAUGAGAGACUGAAACAACAAGAUGCAUUGCAAAACAAUCAAAAUGCCCAUCCCUAAUAGUAUCACACAGAUAUUGCAUUAUUACUGUAAAAUACAGAUAUUAUAUUAUUAAAAUAUUAUACAUUCUUAUUAUAUAUUGUAAAGUUAAUAGUUUGACAAGUGCUUGUCCCUUUUGGGUAAAUAAAUUUAUGUUGUGAACAUCA